CGUCCGAAAGUGAAGUGUCUUUUCUUUGUGCCUCCGUAUAAAAUGUGAUAUUGCAAUAAAUUGUGAAGAAAUUCAGUUUAAAAACACUUAGUUUCGUGAGGUUAAAGCUUUGUGUGUAUAGUGUGUGAAAAAUGAUGAAGCUUCAAGCAGUGGUAAUUGCGUAAAGUCCCCAAAUUAUCUCGUCCCAAGCCACACUGUUAGUAAGAAGAAAGCGAAAAGCUCAUUUUUGCACUCGGGCGCGUUUGGUUGUGUGUGUUAGUUUGUCUCUUCUCCCAUUUUGGCGGCAACUUUCGAUGCGUCGGUCGUAAAUUGGUGGCUAAUCAAAAGUGAUCUACCGAAAUGCCCCGGAUGUCGUUAUUCCGGCUGGCCGGUGCUUUACUGCUUGCGAUUUUCAGCUUUCCACUGCCACGAGCGGAUCUGAUGAUGCCUUUCUGUGGCGUGUAUGAUCGCGGCCAUAAAAAACCAAACGAGAGAAAUCGUUUAGUGUACCUUUACAAAAGCCCCGGCAGCUCACCAAUUGCUUCAGUGGUUCGUAAUUAAUUCAAUUUGGAUCCGAUUCGCUCGACCGAUGCAUUUAUUUAUUUACAUUUCGCUGUGAUUUUGCUCGCCCGGCUUAGUGCGUAUAUUGUGAGUUUCGUUUGUGUGUGUGAAAUCUUAAAGGUGCUUGAUGCUUUAUUUUCCCAAUUGGUCAGUGAGUCAGUGGCCGACCGACCUGACCAACCACAACGCGAUGUGUCUCAGUGUUUGUGGCUCCAUGUGCAUUGCCAUCACAGCUCAUAUAGCAAGUGUUUCGAUGUUUUGAUAGAACAUUGCUGUUAUAUCUCGAAGUGCACAUAGAUUGAAAAAACAUGGAGACACUUGUUCUAUGUCCUCUGAAACAUUGUGUUAAGUUAACGGUAAGGUAUUUGAUGACUCGGUCUAGUUGGGAUUUUAAUCCAGACUAGCCGUGUAGUGGUUUUCAUCAAUCGAAAUAUCGAUACGGAUUAAAGAGGUAACAACGCAGCGAUCGAGGCGCAAUAUUUUUCCCCCGAAAGACUGAACGCGUUGGUGAAUUGCAUGAAUCCACCGUACAGAAUGCCGCCACAACCGCUCGGUGCGUACGGUAUGCAGCACGAUCAUCACUCCAGCAUACCGGGAACGGCAUCGACGGAGGCACAUGUACUGAACACUCCGCUGCGGACUCAUUCGUCCAAGUUUCCGAUCGAACGGGAACUCAUACUAUCGUCCAACAAAAAUUCCUCAAAAAUUCCGCUCAUGCAGGAUAACCGAAACACCAGUAUUCCGGCCCUCCUAAAUCGAUCAGCAACGUCCGCAAUAGGGCCUGAUCUUCCUGUGAAACAAACACAGGCAUGGAACCAACCACAGAUGGAUGCAAUACAUUCGGCCGUUUCCGGCUCCAUGCCACGCACGAUCGUGCGCUUUCCGGAGGAUGUGACAGCGCUUGCCGAUCGGGAUGGUAGCUUUCAGCGGGAGAAAGACUCCACCACGGUGAAAAAAUCCGUCACCAAGACUUAUCAUACCCUAAAGGAUCUGAUCUCGUCCAAAUUUAAAAAGGACGCUAAUGAACAAAGCGAUGAGCUGAACAAUGUAACCUCAAUGCUGCACGGUCACCAGUCGAACUUGGAUCAGGGUCAAUCAAGCAGUCAGCAGCAGCAGCAGCAGCAACAACAACAACAGCACCACGGGGGCAAUAAUCAGAGCGGAUCGUAUAUGUACAGCUCGGCGUCUGACAAUAACUUGCUGCAGGCUCAGUCCAACCUAAACGUGUGGCCGUCCAGUAGCCAAAGCAAUUCCCCACUGUACUAUCACAAGAAGUUUUCCGAUCCGGCCGAAGGCUUCAGCGCUUCGAAAGCUCUCUCACAGCCGCAGCUAAACAUCGGCGAACAGUCGAACCGUAACACGCAGCACGUGGUCAGUAUGCUCCCGGCUCCGGUCGACGGUACGGACAGUGAUGAUGGUGGAUUUCGGCAGCAUAGUGCCACCCGGCAAACGAAUCAGCCUAUGCCGAACGGACCGAGCCAGAGUCAGGGGGCGGUGAUGCACGGUAGCCGUUCGACGCCACAGCAGCAACCUGCCUACAUCCAAAACUAUCGUCACAAUCACGCCCAACAGCAGCAGCAGCAGCAGCAUCUACAGCAGCAACAUCACAUGUCGUACCAGCAAGCCCUUCAUAACGCUAAACAACGAGCAGCAUUGGAGGGUGGAUCAUCCAGCUCGAAUAUUCAAUCAUCGUCCUACAACACGACCGUGACGGUGGGAGAUCAAAGUACAAGCCAUCAUCACCACCAUCACAACCAUCAUCAGAGCGAGCCGGGAAUGCAAAAGCACACCAUUUCGGUGGACAUAAACAGUGGGUCGUCGGUCAACAUAUCCACCGGGGAAUCACAUGAUGCUGGAGCGUACGAUAAAAAUGGUAAUCACUCAUCUAACAUCGAUUCUGGUCGUGGUAGUUCCUCGAUGGCAACCGCUAGUGCCGACGCUGUGAUGGAGAAGAACAAAGUUAAAUCUGACGGUGAAUGGAUCGACGUAGUGGAUGUGGAACUGAGGAACAUUCUUGAGCCUGGUAUGAAAUCAAUGAACCUUCGCCCGGAGAGCACCAUGUCCGAGAGUGCAUCAUCGAUGUCCCCACCACUGCCACCGCUCUCUCCACAUGAGGCUUACAACCAUAGUGCUGGACAAACUAGUGGCAGUGUCCAGGCGAAGCCCAACAAUGCUAGCAAACUUCAAAAGCAAGAGUACGGCACGGAUACGUACAAUCGGGCUAGCAAAAACCCGCAGCCAAUCGGUCCUUCGAAGGGACAACCAUCGCCCAACACAAUUCAGAACUACAUGAACCACCUGAAGUUGUCCAGCAACAAAAAACACGAGCAGAACGCCCUGAAAAAGCAUCUGUUCGGUUUGGAUACUGAUGUGGCAUCCGUCACCAAUACGACACGCUCGCUGGAUCUCGAAUCCCUGCUCGGCGGACCCUGGGAUGGUGCCCAAUCGGUGUCGGAAUCGGAAACGGACGGUGGCGGUUUGCAACAGAUCCGCAACCAGCUCGAAGGUCUCGAGACGAUGUACAGCGAAGUACUGAAAAUGCUGGGCAAUCGUAUGGCCACAAAUGAGUCAACACUGCGUGCAAACAGGCGCAGACGCCACGGCAGCAUGUCGUCCCUUCCGUCUAGCUCGAUCAGUGGCCGUCCGAUUCGCGAUCGGCGAAGAUUAGACGAACGCCGCAAGGUGCGUGAUAUCAAAGGCAUCAACAAACGGUUCCAGCGGCUGGAAUCGCACGUAGUCACGCUAGCUCGCAGUGUAGCCCAUCUGUCGUCGGAGAUGCGCUCGCAGCAUCUUGUCUCGCAGGAGCUGGAGGAGCUAAGAAACGAUUUGGCACUUUUGCGGUCGCAAUCGAUGCACAAUCUACCGAUGAACAGUAGUGGCAAUGGCAACGCCAACGCAUCCGCCCGAGAACCGAUCAACCUGACAAACCCGAAGCGGGUGAAGAAGCUGACGAAAUUUUUUGGCGAAGAUCCACCACUGAUGAAACUGUUUCUUAAAAAACUCGGCUAUGAGAAAUAUGCGCCCAUCUUCGAGUCCGAGCGUGUCGGCAUGAUCGAGCUGCCGUACCUGGGCGAGGAAAGGCUGCAAAAGAUGGGCAUUCCACUCGGGCCGCGACUGAGGAUUCUGCAAGAGGCACAAAUAUCGCUGUGUCGCGAUACGACGCUCUGCAUCGUGUGAGCCGAUCGAAACCGUACGCAAGUGACGUGACGUGUGAGCCAAAGAACUGAAACAAGCAAACAAGUAUUUUAGACAUUCGUGUGAAAGUCUCUCUCUCCCGGUGCAAGAGAUCAAGCAAACUGCGAGUGCUAGUGCUUCCUGGCAUUUUUGCGUCCGUUUUGCUUUAUCAUCCCAUCAUCCCCAGUGAUUAGAGAAUUACGAAAUUAAAUCUCAUUAUUCUUUGAAACAAA